GGGGAGGGGUGCGCAUGCGCUCGGAGGGCGGAGCCGGCCGCGGUCUCUGCGCAUCUGGGUCCCCACGGCUCUGGGGGCGCAGGCCGUGCUCUCCGCCCGGUCCGCGUACCUGCCGGGGUUCGGGGCAGUGCCGCUGCUUCCCGGGAGCGCGGAGACCGGGUGGGGCCCGGUUCGGCCUGCACCGAGCCACGCAGCGUCUCCGAGCCUCAGUUUCCCCCAGGACUCAGGACCCUCCCGUCCCCCGCACGAUGGCCACGGACGGGCUGCACGAGAGCGAGACGCUGGCGGCGCUGCGCAGCGAGGCGGAGAGCCUGAAGGGCAAGCUGGAGGAGGAGCGCGCCAAGCUGCAUGCGCCAGGUGGCGGAGCGGGUGGAGGCCCUGGGCCAGUUCGUCAUGAAGACCAGGCGGACCCUCAAAGGCCACGGGAACAAGGUGCUGUGCAUGGACUGGUGCCGGGACAAGAGGCGGAUUGUGAGCUCCUCCCAGGACGGGAAGGUGAUCGUGUGGGAUUCCUUCACCACCAACAAGGAGCACGCGGUGACCAUGCCCUGCACCUGGGUGAUGGCCUGCGCCUACGCGCCGUCCGGAUGCGCGAUCGCCUGCGGGGGCCUGGAUAACAAGUGCUCCGUGUACCCGCUGACCUUCGACAAGAACGAGAACAUGGCGGCCAAGAAGAAGUCGGUGGCCAUGCACACCAACUACCUGUCGGCCUGCAGCUUCACCAACUCCGACAUGCAGAUCCUGACGGCCAGCGGCGACGGCACAUGCGCACUGUGGGACGUGGAGAGCGGGCAGCUGCUGCAGAGCUUCCACGGGCAUGGGGCCGAUGUGCUGUGCCUGGACCUGGCGCCCUCGGAGACCGGGAACACCUUCGUGUCUGGGGGCUGUGACAAGAAGGCCAUGGUGUGGGACAUGCGCUCUGGACAGUGUGUGCAGGCCUUCGAGACCCACGAGUCGGACAUCAACAGCGUCCGGUACUACCCCAGCGGGGACGCCUUCGCCUCGGGCUCCGAUGACGCCACGUGUCGCCUCUAUGACCUCCGGGCGGACAGAGAGGUGGCCAUCUACUCCAAGGAGAGCAUUAUCUUCGGCGCGUCCAGCGUGGACUUCUCCCUCAGCGGCCGCCUGCUGUUCGCCGGCUACAACGACUACACCAUCAACGUGUGGGACGUGCUCAAGGGCGCGCGCGUCUCCAUCCUGUUCGGACACGAGAACCGCGUCAGCACCCUGCGCGUGUCCCCUGACGGCACAGCCUUCUGCUCAGGGUCCUGGGACCACACCCUGCGGGUCUGGGCUUAGUCCCGCCCCGGAGCCGCAGCGGGUGGGGCAGCAGGUGACGGCUCCGCGGGAGGCGCUCGGUUCCCCGCAGUCUGCUUGAGGACAGGUCUCCAGUGUCGCUCCCCCCGUCACACGCGUGUGAACCUCCAGCACCGCACCAACACCUUUCACCGCAGUGUUGCUCACUUUGGACACGUGCGGUCUGUCGGUUUCUGAGGUUAUCCUGACUCUGUUAGCACAGUCACUGUUCCCCCAGAAUCUGGCACUCAGAGUGUUCUGCCCAGCUGCUGGUCCACAGGGCGUGCCCGGACCUGGCGCGGGGUCCCUGGGAGAAGCAGAUUCCAAUUCCAACUGUAAGCAGGCAGCAUUGCUUUUAAAAAUGUGUCUCUCGUGAAAGGCCGUCUCUUCAGCCGGCUGUUCCUCAUCCUCGUCUUUGCCUGAUGAAAUAUUUUUAUCUGUGCGUACUGUCAAAGAUGAGGCAGAAACGGGCGUAGCACGCACAGGGCAUCCGGCCCCUGGGCAUGGGCAGGUGUGUGUAGCCCUGUGUCACAGAACGGCUGCUUCCUUCAGGGGCACAGCUGCAGCUGUUUGUAACACAGGUGCUGCUGAGAGCAAACACAACAUCACAGCCGAUUGGAGCAGGUGUGGUGGAGCAUGCCUGUAAUCCCUGUGCUCAGGAGGCUGAGGCAGGCAGAUUGCUGGAAGUUUGAGGCCAGCCUGGGCUACGUAGUAGACCCUGUUUCAAAAACACAACACAGUAGUAAUAAAAUAAACAAACACUACUGAGUAGUAGUACAAACAAG